CCGGGGCAUCCGGGGCAUCAGGGCUGGACCGCGGGAGACUCACCCCUGCCUUCUCGCCUUCUCUGGCAAAACUCAGCCUUCUCACUAAAUGAGUCACCAGAAAAACACAUGCAGCAAGAACAGAGCAGAGAGACUGCUUGUGUCUUCAGCAAGAAAUAUCGCAGCAGUCACUGCAUAAACAGGAAGAUUGCAGGACUCACUGCACAACUACAGAAUCAGACUGUCGAGACUUUGAAGAAAAUCUUACAGGUAUUGUAAGUGAAGUACCAAAUCCACAAAGCAGAGGAUCAGCUGUGAAGAGAAAGCAGAAUCGUGUCAAGAUGUUGACUGAUGAGGUCGCACAGGUGCAAGAGGUGAGAUACUGUCUGAAGACUCUGCGAGAGCAAAUGGCAGCCAGGCAAAACAAUAAUAAUAAGAUUCCCUCCAAUGGCUUUAAAGUUGACGUACUCGUCAGCAAAACCAAUGGCUCCAAUGGACUUGUGAACGGCUCUCACUCUAAACAUCCGAGCCAGGAGGAUGAUGAAAGCACUUUAGCCUUGAGAGAAGUCACUAAACAUCUGUACUCUCGUCUGCAAGAGAUGGAGAGGAGACACCAGGAGGAGAAAGAGAGAUUACAGGCAGAAAACCUUGAAUAUCAGCAGCGGUUUCUAGAGGAGCAUAACUCUCGCGUACAGAAGGCAGAAACCAAGGCAGAGGAGCAGGGCAAAAAAGUGGAAGAGAUGCAGAAGCUCAUGCGUGGUUUGGAGCUGGAAAAUGCCACACUACGAGAAAAGUUGGCUGCUAAUGAGGCUGAACUUGAGAAACUGCGAGGACUGAAGAAAAACGAUAGUGAGGACAGGUCUGAACAACUGAAAAAGGAGCUGGCAACUCUGAAGGAUAAGAACCACAACUUAGAUGACAUGCUCAAAAGUCAACAGAGGAAAGUCAGGAACAUGAUCGAACAGGUGCAGAAUUCCCGAACCAUAAUGGAGCAAAGAGACCGGGUAAUCGGCGACCUCAAAGAGAGGGUGGCUUUCCUCGAAGCUGAGAAUCGAGAGUUUCAUGACCGGAUGGAGUAUUAUUUGGGCAACCAAGUGACUAAUCCAUAUAACUCAGACACGGGGUCCAAAGUUGUCUACAGCAAACCUCUGACGCCAGCAAGCCCCAGAAACAAGUCUAUGCCAUUCAUUAAAGUGGUCGAGAUCAAGUCCUGAACAACAGAUGAAGGCAACUGAUGGAAGAGAGAGAGUCAUUGAGUGACAGACACAAUGCAGAAGAAGUAACAAGCAUUCUUUUCUCUCGACAUUUAUGCAACAUCUCUCUGUUUAGCACAUGAGUAGCACUUGAGGUUUCUUUUUCUUAUAUACAGUGCUUUGUAUAUACAACAUUAAUUUAAAUGUCUCAUGUAUAUUAGAUUUGCAGAUCAUACACUGCAUGUUUAUGCCUUAAGCAACUUUAUUAUUAGUAGUAGGGGUGCUCCGAUCACGAUCGGCCGAUCGUUAUGCGUAUCUCGUCAGUAAAGCCGGUUUUCUAAUCAGCCGUUAAUUCCAUCAG